CCCCAUUUCUUUCCCUUUUUUGUUGCAUGUUCGCUUCGCGUUUGGGGGUCAGUGCGUAAAGCGGGAGGGACGUGGCCUAAAGCGACGCCUGAGCAGCCCAGCGGGAGCCUAGGGACAGGCCUGGGCAGCAGCCUCCACAUUAGGAUGUCCCGACAUGAAGCUCCUUCACUUGGCGACACAGCUCCUCAACCACAGCACAUCUUCUGCAAAAGAACUGCUUGUCUGCCCCAGCCUCACAUAGAGGCAUCAAGCAUUCCCAGCAACCUGUGACCUGGAGAGCUGCAUCUACCAUCAGCAGGUGUCAGCUGUGAUGCAUGUUUAAAAGGAAAUUUUCGCGGUCGCAGAUACAAGUGUUUAAUUUGCUACGAUUACGAUUUGUGUGCAACUUGUUAUGAGAGUGGUGCAACAACAACGAGGCAUACAACUGACCAUCCAAUGCAGUGCAUACUAACAAGAGUAGAUUUUGAUUUGUAUUAUGGUGGAGAAGCUUUCUCUGUAGAGCAGCCACAGUCUUUUACUUGUCCUUAUUGUGGAAAGAUGGGUUAUACAGAAACAUCUCUUCAGGAACAUGUUGCUUCUGAACACGCAGAAACAUCAACAGAGGUGAUCUGUCCAAUAUGUGCAGCAUUACCUGGAGGGGAUCCUAAUCAUGUCACAGAUGACUUUGCAGCUCAUCUUACACUGGAACACAGAGCUCCUAGAGAUUUAGAUGAAUCUAGUGGCGUUCGGCAUGUACGUAGAAUGUUUCACCCAGGCCGAGGUUUGGGAGGCCCCCGUGCACGAAGAUCAAACAUGCACUUUACUAGCAGUUCCAGCGGUGGGCUUUCAUCUUCUCAGAGUUCAUAUUCUCCAAGCAAUAGAGAAACCAUGGAUCCUAUAGCUGAGCUUUUAUCUCAGUUAUCAGGCGUGAGACGUUCUGCAGGGCAGCUCAAUUCUUCUGGCCCUUCUGCUUCUCAGUUACAGCAGCUGCAGAUGCAACUGCAGUUGGAAAGACAGCAUGCACAGGCAGCAAGACAACAACUGGAAACUGCACGCAAUGCAACUAGACGCACUAACACAAGCAGCAUACCCACCACUCUUACACAAUCUAUAGCAGCAACCAAUACAUCUAACACAGAAAACAAUCAUCAGACUAUACAGAAUUCCCAGUUUCUUCUUAUGAGGUUGAAUGAUCCUAAGAUGUCAGAAGCAGAGCGUCAAUCAAAAGAAAGCGAACAGGCAGAUCGCAGCUUGUUUGUUCAAGAGCUUCUACUGUCCACUUUGAUGCAGGAAGAAAGUUCCUCUUCAGAUGAGGAUGAACGGGGAGAAAUUGCUGAUUUUGGUGCUAUGGGCUGUGUAGAUAUUAUGCCUCUAGAUGUUGCUUUAGAAAACCUAAAUUUAAAAGAGAAUAAUAAAGGAAAUGAGCCUCCUCUUUGAUGGCAUCCCACUUUGCAGAUAAUGUCCUCUGUGCUGUAUUUGCCAAUGAAAGUGGACAACAACUAUCUUGGGUUUGUUUUGGUGAUUGUAAUUUCAGGUCUGUCACUCUUGUUACAUUGUGUACAUUCAAAGGAAAAGAGAAAAUAUAUAUACGAUAAUCAUUUCCACUUAACCAAUUUUUACUUUUAGCAGAUAAAUAUAGGUUGCAGUGCAGAGAAAAUAAAAGCUCUGUGUCCUGUAGCUUGACGUGCAAAAAAGCUCUCCUAAUACUCCACAUUCAAACUGAAGAGGAAAAAAUGAAAAAAAUCUCUAAUGAAGCUGCUGUGUGUAUUUAUGAAUAUUAAUGAAUAAAACUUGCUUGGAUGGUUUACCUUAA